AACACGGCCGAUAUAUCUCCCGAACCCAACCGCAGAGGCAGCAUCAAUCAAACCCUCACUCCCAACAAUCCGGCGUUACUUCCCCUUUCUCCCUCUUCCCCUCCACCUUCCUUCGCUCCUCACCGAACAGACCGUCCUCCUCAUGGCAACAGAACCUCUGCAGUGCAAGACUCUGGUGCUCCGGGUGUCCAUCCACUGCGAGGGAUGCAAGAAGAAGGUGAAGAAAGUGCUGCAGGGCGUCGAUGGCGUGUACAGAUGCGACAUCGACGCCCGGAGCAACAAGGUGACGGUCGCCGUCACCGGCAACGUCAGCGCCGACGCCCUGCUGAAGAGGCUCCGCAGGUCGGGCAAGAACGCCCAGCUGUGGCCGGAGCAGCAGCAGCAGCAGCAGCAGCAACUGGCCGUAGGAACCCAGAGACACGGAGAAACCAAGAACGACGCCAUCCAGCCAGACAAGCCCGGUGGCACUGGCACCGCCCACAAGCCGGCGUCCGGCGACGAGGGGACAAACGCCGCAGACAAGAGCAACUCCAAGGCCACCCAUGAAGAAGAUCCCAACAAAGUCGUCCGCGAGACCGCGAAGCCGGCUCAAGACGACCCGGCGAGCACCAAUGCGGACGCCGACGGCAACGACGCUGUCAGCCAUCGCAGCAAGGAGCCCACGGCGGAGCAAUCCAACGGCCCCGAGAGGAAGCGGAAGCAGCUGCGGCAGGAGGAGAAACCGGUAGAUGCCAUCGCCACGGUGGUGGUGGCGGCAGCAUCGGACCAAGGCAGCCACACUUGCCACUCACCACCACACCUGCAGCAGCAGCAGCCGCCCCCGGUGCACGUCCUGAGCUACAGCAUGGCGCGGCCGAGCGCGAGCGCGGCUUACUACGCCGCCGCGCCGGCGACGGCAGCGCCAGGCGCGAGGUCCCUGCCGCCGCAGGAGCUCCCGUACACGUACCCGCCGUGCUGCCACUACUCACAGCCGUCGCCUUGGGCGCCGCAGACGGGUGCGGCAUCGCCGGCGCGCUACUCCUACGCCGAUCUUUUCAGCGACGACAAUGCCAACUCCUGCCGCGUGAUGUGAGGGAGCUGUAAGAAUUGGCUUAACCUUAAUUUACCGUCAAGUUAAUUGCAGUUAGUCGAGUCUAUCUAAGGAUAGUUAGUAGAUUGUGCUACUACUAGUAGAAACAUCACGAGGUUCUGAUGUUCAUCACACGUCCAGGCUCGAAGCAGUUUGUAAGGUGACAUUUCUUGUGCUUGUGAUGACCCAACUUUGUAAAAUUGUCAAGGCAACCUGGCCAUCAGUGCCUUUAAUUAAUCAGGUUUCUCUUUUCCUCUUCUCA